AUGAUCGGCUACUCCCUCCUCCUCAUCCCCCACCUCCGCAUCCCCAUCCUCCUCUACCUCAUCUACAUCAAAUACCUCAGCAAAGCACACAAAUCCCCAUCCCCCCUCCGCUCCAACCUCCUCCACAACCACCCCCUCUGGACCCUCUACACCACCUACUUCCCCAUCCGCCUCUACCGCAGCCAUCCCCUCCCCCGGCACCGCAAAUACCUCUUCGGCUACCACCCGCACGGCGUCUCCAUCCGCGGCGCCAUCGCCGCCUUCGCCUCCAACGGCGCCGGCUUCUCCUCCCUGUUCCCCGACAUCACCAACAACACCCUCCUCAUCUCCGACAAAACCAUGCGCGCCCCUUUACUCCGCGAAUACGCCCUCGCUCUGGGCAUCAACGGCGUCAGCUACACUUCCUGCGUGAACCAUCUCGCUCGCGCCGGCCAGGCUAUCACCAUCUGCAUCGGCGGAGCGAGAGAAGCUCGCUAUGCAAACCCGAAUACCAUGGACUUGGUGCUGAAUGUCCGGAGGGGAUUUGUGCGUGUGGCGGCGCAGACGGGCGCGGACCUCGUUCCGGUGAUGGCGUUCGGGGAGAAUGAGCUGUUUGAUGUUGGGACUGUUGAUGAGGAGGUGGUGAAGGGGAGGGCUUGGGUGGGGUGGGUUCUGCGUGCUUGGUAUGCGGUGACGGGGAAGAAGGUUCGGUGGGUUGGCGGGAGAUGGGGAUUGAUCGUUCCGUAUCGGAGGCCGGUGAAUGUGGUGGUGGGGAGGGUUAUAGCUGUGAGGGAGGGGAGAGGGGUAGAGGAUGUCGAUGAUGAUGAUGGUCUUUUGGAAUGUGGUUGGUUACUUAGUGUCUGGUUUACAAAAUCUACUAAAAGCUGCGUGCGUCGUUGCAAUUGA